AUCGGUUUCUCUAUUAUAACUGCGCUGCGCGUCUGCGCCGCUGCCUCUGCUCCUCUGCUGCCCCCUUCAAAUCGGGCACCACAACACUGAGCCUGCUGGGGAGCAGAGUGGGGAGCCGAACGGAUUGGGGUCGAAUCUUCUCCUCAAUCCCUCGACUAGAGCUGCCCCGCCCUUUGGAAAUCCUCUGAUCUGGUGAUUGGGGGGUCGGAGCCUUGGAGGCUUCUUGAUUUGUGCCGUGGAGACUUCUAUUAGUCAUGUGGUGUGGUGAAAAGGUGAACUGAGUAUAUUUCUGUCAGUGGAAGAAAGGAACUUGGUCCAUUAAUUUUGUCACAAAGUGGAACCAAGCGAUAUGACAUCAGUAGGUCUACUAAAUCCCUCAUCAGGUUAUGAAGCUAGUACCAGUGGCGCCACUGAUCGAUUGCCAGAUGAGAUGAACGGGAUGAGCAUAAGAGAUGAAAAGGAAGUUGAAGCUGUUGUUGUCAAUGGCAAUGGGAUGGAGGUUGGUCAUACCAUCGUAACAUCUGUUGGUGGAAGAAAUUCACAGCCAAGGCAGACCAUUAGUUACAUGGCAGAGCGUAUUGUAGGGCAAGGUUCAUUUGGAAUUGUCUUCCAGGCCAGGUGUCUGGAAACUAGUGAGAGAGUAGCUAUAAAGAAAGUUCUUCAAGAUGUGAGGUAUAAGAACCGUGAGCUGCAAACAAUGCAAGUUCUUGAUCACCCUAAUGUCGUAUGCUUGAAGCAUUACUUUUGCUCAACAACUGAAAAGGAAGAGCUUUACCUCAAUUUGGUGCUUGAAUAUGUGCCAGAAACUGUUCACCGUGUUAUUAAACAUUACAAUAAGAUGAAUCAACGAAUGCCGUUGAUAUAUGUUAAACUCUAUACGUACCAGAUUUGUAGAGCUUUGGCUUACAUGCAUAACUGCGUAGGAGUAUGCCACAGAGAUAUAAAGCCACAAAAUAUUCUGGUGAACCCACAUACUCAUCAACUGAAAUUGUGUGAUUUUGGCAGCGCGAAAGUCUUGGUACAAGGGGAACCAAAUAUUUCAUAUAUCUGUUCUAGAUACUACAGAGCUCCGGAGCUCAUAUUUGGUGCUACAGAGUACACGACAGCCAUUGACGUGUGGUCUGCUGGUUGUGUUCUUGCUGAACUUCUUCUAGGGCAGCCUGUUUUUCCUGGGGAUAGUGGUGUUGAUCAGCUUGUUGAAAUUAUCAAGGUUCUAGGUACUCCAACACGUGAUGAAAUUAAGCGCAUGAACCCAAACUAUACUGAGUUUAAGUUCCCACAAAUCAAAGCUCACCCAUGGCACAAGAUCUUCCACAAAAGAAUGCCAUCUGAAGCUGUAGAUCUUGUUUCUCGGCUCCUACAGUACUCACCAAACCUCCGGUGCACUGCAUUGGAGGCAUUAAUCCAUCCAUUCUUUGAUGAAUUACGGGAUCCAAAUGCCCGGUUACCGAAUGGUCGUUCUCUUCCCUAUCUCUUCAAUUUUAAGCCUAAUGAGUUAAGAGGAGUACCAAUGGAUUUUAUCAUGAAAUUAAUUCCUCAGCAUGCCAAGAAGCAAUGCGCCUUCUUAGGAAUAUGAGGAAGCAGUUCAGAGUGCUCACAAAAAGAAGCAAGCAGCAGUUUGGAGGUUACCUGCAUAUUACAUCAAUAUUGUGUUGAAAACUGCAGAGUAGCAUUCGCCUACAGUAUUAUUGGAUGGGCAAUGCAUGCUGUUUUCUUUCACUUCGGCUGUGAUGUUGCAUGCUUGUUCUACAAUGGCGGUGAGCACUUUCACCACAUUCUGUAAAGCUGAUGAAGACAAAGCGUGAUCCUUUCCUGUGGUCUGUAUAUUGGUCUGCCCCGACAUGAGAAUUAAUUCUUUGCAUAUUUUAUUCUUUCUUUUUGGAGAUGGAUUCACCAAAUGAAAAAAAAGAACUAUCAUAUGUAUGUGUGAUCUGGAUUCUUUUUCCUGAGGCUGUAUCAGUUUUCAGCUACCAUUGGAAUUAAAUCCUUUUAGUUUGUAACAGUCAUGAGCAAGGAAAUGUCAUCUGCGGAUGAUAUCUUUUCCAGUCUAA